GAGCGGUGCGGCGUCCAAUAUGUCAUCCUCUUAUAGCUCUCUUGGAGAAAUACUUGUCGGGCCUGCGAAUACUCCGCAACGGCCCACACUCGCAGAUAUUCGUGCUAUCGUCGCCGACGAAAUCGCAGUACGCGCAAGGCUAAGAUUCGAGAUCGUCGACGACGCUAGAAUUUCUGUAUCGUUGACAUCUAGUAAAUCGGAUGACGUGGACUUCCUGACCAAAAUUGGCGAAAAUAUCCAGCUCAAUCUCGCCGUACACAACCACAUAUGUGCCGUAGCAACUACAGGUCCGUAUCGAGGAGCGGACGCCAUCGGUCACCUCCUCAUCAGCGCGUCUUCGAUGGACUUUAGCAGCCGGGCCUCCAUUCUCGCUCGAGCUAAAUUUAUGAACCGCGUCGCAUCCUUCAAGGACAUUGAUGGGACUAUGUGGAUAGCAGGUAUCAGAGACCUAGGCAUGUUCACUUAUGACACCCCCGCCAUCUGGGAUAUCCUACGUAAAUCCGCUCGCAACCCCAUCGAUCCGUUGCACUCUCCGCCUGGCUCGCAGGGGAUAGAAGAGAGGCUCAGCAAUGCCCGGGCAAAGCUACAACGGCUCACGCCGCAGAAUGCGUACGAAGAGCUUCGCAUUCUCGAAGACCACGUACCAACCAUCCUAGUUGACAUCAGACCAGCCGCGCAGAGGGAGGCAGAGGGUUUCAUCGAGGGUUCCAUCAUCGUCGAGCGCAACGUGCUGGAAUGGCGCUUUGAUCCACGAUCCGAAUAUAGAUUGCCCAUCGUGGAUCGCUACGAUUUGAGGACGAUUAUCAUGUGCCACGAGGGGUACACGAGCAGUCUUGCGGCGGUGUCGUUGCAGGAGCUCGGAUUGUUGAAUGCCACGGAUAUUAUUGGAGGGUUUCGGGCAUGGAAAGAAGCUGGAUUGCCGCUCACCAUUCCUGAACCAGUCUUCACUUCUCGUGAUGAUAUAUCUGAGAGCAUUGUUAUACAGAUAUGAUGUACAGACGCGUGAGUUACAGAGUGAGUGAGGAGUGUGCGAGUUUUCGAAUUAUAUACUUGUACAAUACCAUCAUGCUGAAUGCUUGAUUCCCUUUCCCCUUGUUUACCACAUCUUGAACCAGCUCUUACGAGAGGUCUCUCCCUUCUCCACCGGGCGUACUUCGUCUCGCUCCUUCCUUAGAUCCUCUAGGAUCUUCUUAACACCCUCAAUAUCGCCUACACUGGCCUUUCCACCAAACCAAUCAACUACGAUGGGCCACUUGAGCGCAUUUGGAUUAUGCGAAGCGGCCUGAGCAACGCCACCAAAAGUAAGAGGCUGAUCACCAUCAUAAGGCGAGGAAGGAUG